UGGCACAGUGCCCCCUGCGCCCCACGUGGCGCCCCGUCGGGGCGGGGAGGGGAGGCGAAUCCGGAGACCACCCCCCUCCUCCCGCUGAGAUGCGACUGCCCCUGGGUGGGGGCGGGGGUAGCUAAGCUGAGAUGACUGUGGGGAGGGGUGACGUCAGGGUGAGUGGGAGCCAAGGAAGGAACGAGUAGGAGAGAGGGAGGGAGGGGAAGGAGAGAGAGACAGAGAGAGAGAGAGAGGAGACCCGCGGGUCGGGUCGAGUGAGAAGCGAGGGCAGAAGGGGACGAGGGGUUGGAAGGAGAGAGAGAAGCCGCUGCGGAGGACAACUGGUUGCGGGCUCCCGGGGCUACGGGUCCAGGUGGGGGUAGGAACUGCUGUCCGGGGAGGCUAGAGGGAGGGAGGGAGAGCCACAAGAGGGACGGGGAGGAGAGGGAGGCGAGAAGAAGAAGGGACAGAGAGGGUGGAGAAGGGAGACGCUGAGGGAGAGAAACUGCCGGAAGGAGAAAGGAGGGGGUGGGGGGGAAGGAAGAGGAGAGAGUUGAAGGAGAAAGAGGUAGAAGGGGAGAGAGAUAGAAGGAAAGAACAGAGAAAGGAGUGCUGGGAGGUGCUUGAAGGAGGUGAGAAAGAGGGAGAUACAAGGUGAAGAAAAAACCUCAGGAGAGAGAACCAAGGAGUGGGAAAUGUGGAGGGGAAACAGCCCCGGGGGGAACCCGGGAGCACCCACCGAGGGAACAGGUGGAGAACUGGGAGGACAGGGGAACUGGGGUCUGGAAGAUGCCCCUGGCCUGCUGGCCAGGGCUUCCCUGACCAUCAUGCCUGCGUGGCCAUUGCCCUUGGCCUCCUCAGCCCUCACCCUGCUCCUUGGAGCCCUCACUUCCCUUUUCCUCUGGUACUGUUACCGCCUGGGCUCCCAAGACAUGCAGGCUCUGGGAGCUGGGAGUCGGGCUGCCGGUGUCAGCAGAGGGCCUAGGGGAUGCUCUGAGGCCGGCAGGCUGGGCCCAGGGAGCUCUGGGGAGCCUGGAGAAGGGCCCAGGGCAGAAGGCCUAGUGUGCCGUCGCCUGCGGGCCUACGCCAGGCGCUACUCCUGGGCAGGCAUGGGUAGGGUGAGGCGGGCAGCUCAAGGUGGCCCAGGCCCUGGGGGAGGGCCAGAGGUCCUGGGCAUUCAGCGCCCAGGCCUGCUUUUUUUGCCAGACCUGCCCUCAGCCCCCUUCGUGCCCCGGGACGCCCAGCGGCAUGACGUGGAGCUCCUGGAGAGCAGCUUCCCUGCCAUUUUGCGGGACUUUGGGGCUGUGAGCUGGGACUUCUCAGGGACUACUCCUCUGCCUCGGGGCUGGUCCCAGCCCCUGGCCCCUGGGUGCUACCAGCUCCUGCUGUACCAAGCAGGCCGGUGCCAACCCAGCAACUGCCGCCGGUGCCCGGGGGCCUAUCGCGCACUGCGGGGGCUGCGGACCUUUAUGAGUGCCAACACCUUCGGCAACGCUGGCUUUUCUGUCCUCCUGCCUGGGGCGCGGCUGGAGGGUCGCUGUGGGCCCACCAACGCAAGGGUCAGAUGCCAUCUGGGCCUGAAGAUUCCUCCUGGCUGUGAGCUGGUGGUCGGGGGCGAGCCCCAGUGCUGGGCUGAGGGACACUGUCUACUGGUGGACGACUCCUUCCUGCACACAGUGGCUCACAAUGGCUCCCCAGAAGAUGGGCCUCGAGUGGUCUUCAUCGUGGACCUCUGGCACCCCAACGUGGCCGGGGCCGAGCGCCAGGCCCUUGACUUUGUCUUCGCACCAGACCCUUGAAGGAAGGGGCUCUCUUCAGACACCUGGGCUGGAGAGGUGCUGUGCUCGCUCAUGGAUGGCUCUGAGUGGUAGCCAGGACCGCCUCUAGGCUGCAGGGGGUCGGGGGAGGGCUGAGGGCGUGAACUGGCCAGCCUGCACUGAAAUACAGAUUUGAUGGCCUCUCCUA